CCCGAUCUACACCGGCGGGAUUUGACCCUGUCCUUCUUCACCGUUGGUCGUGUAUGGAGGGGCAAAAUGCAUCAGAUGCCCCAGAAGAGGCAUUAGCAAGUAUGCCGUCCUAAUUAGAUGCAUUGCGCAGCCCGUUCGUCCACAUUAGCCGCUCACGACAUGGACGGGGGCGAAGACGGUGAACGGUGCGGUGAACGGUGCGGUGAACGGUUGAUGGAUGAAGUCAGGGGCUGCCGGAUCAUUCGAUUGCGGCUGUCAGAUUCCCCGGAAAUCUCAGCGAGAUGCUCACUUUUUUCCUUGCUUUUUCCUUCCAGUUCCCCUUGGCGAUGCUCCCGCCAUCUUCCCGCUUUGCUGACAGUGGAAAUUUGCUUUGCUUUGCUCGCGUGCCUGUCAGGCGGGUUCGUGGCUCAUAGAACUAGUGGUAGAAAUCUCGUUGAACUGCAGCCCAGCCUUGCGUGCAUGCAGUCGUGGAGAUUAAUUACGCGAACGCCUCUCUGGCCACACGUGGGGGAGGCCGGGUCAAUAAGACUGCAUCCGCGAGGCGUUUUACACGGCCACAGGAUAAACGGCGGUGGAGAGAAAAUGGAAGCGGUCUGGAUUUUUCAAGUGCAUUCUCCACGCGAAGCGCGCGGGUUCUAUCACAUCCGUCCCCUAUCCCACGUCAGUAAUUAGGAAGGUAGUGUAGCUAAUGUAGGUAGGUCGUAGCGGAAUCCGAAAUGGCAUUCCCCCGUGAGAGAGAGUGUGACGCGAGACCUGAGGGGCACGUUGAGGUCGGACGAGCCAAGACCGCGGUCGGUGGGUUGCAGCGCAACUUUGAGUCGGGGGGGUUCGGGUCCAGAGCUGGCGCCCGGCGGAGCAGCAGAUGACCUGGCUGUAAUUAAACGAGAUAAGAUACGUGGAGUUUGAAGUCACUGACUCUACCCUAUACUGGAUAUAUGGUCGGUUGGGCAGAUACUUUCAAGUCAUUUACAUACCUGAGCUUGAGUUGGUGACACUACCUAUUCAUAUAGUAAGAGUAA